UUAUUCACGUUUUGGAAAAGCGUUUUUCAUGGAGUUUUCUAUUUAACAAGUGUGUUCGUUAAAGGACAAAGUAGUUGAGCGUGAAAAUGGAAGGGAGCAACGAUUCGUUGUCUGUUUUGUCUCCGCCAAUGGGGGGUUCGGCGGCGGUUCUGCUAACUCCUGGAAGGACGAGGAACAUCGCUCAGGACAUGGAAGCCCUAAGGUUGUCGCGGCAGGACAAUCCUUACUUGCAGCAAGUAAUGGCUAGUCGAGAAAGCUUGAUUGAGAGCCAUGCAAAUGAUUGUGAGUCAGACGAUACCAUACUGAUGUCACAGGAAUUUGGAAGUACAGCAUUAGAUUUUGUAGAAGAUGAUCCGUUGACCCUAAAAGAAGUUCACGAACAUAUGAUCCGGUCUCCACCACCGAUCAGCUGCUGGCCACAUGGUUUUCUUUCAAAUCCAGCCUCAAACGUAGCCUAA